CAGUUACAAUACUGCCUGUUCUCAUCCAGGUCUCUGAUGGACCAUCGCAACACAACCUGCCAUGAUCCCAGCUUCUGCUAUGACCGGCUGAUCAAUAAAUGCUAUAGCUGUAGACACAUGCAAAGAGGAUCCAGGAAAGAGACAACUACUGCAUUUGGAACAACCACCCUUACCACCCAACCAGUGCGAGUUCAUGCUGGAAACCAAAAUUGUUCAGCUUUAAUAUUUGGUUUCUGUGUUUUUGUGGGGCUAGUAAUCUUCAUGGCAAUGUUAUGGCUUGUAAUCCUGAAACAAAGACAGAAGAGAAGGAGAAAAACUGGAAAGGAGAAUUCUCAAGAAAAUGGCAUGUGCACUUGUUUUUUGGCCAAUGAAACUCAAACAAACAAUGACUGCGAACCAGGAGACCAUGACCUUGGACAGCUUCGAUGCCCACAUUUAAAUGGUGUUACUAUGAUCAGCCAGGAUGAUGCCUUAAAGGAAAAUAUGCCCUGUGUUGCUUUCACAAGAAGUCAGGAGUUUGAAGAGAUUUCGUCUCCCCAUGAUGAAAAAUGCAACUCCUCGUUUCCACUGCCAGCAAUUGAACUUGGAGCAACUGUGCUGGUGACUACAAAGACCAUUCAGGAGAACAUCCUCAGUAAGGAGUUGCCAUAAUAAUUCCUUUAAAAGGGCUUAGACUAGCAAAUGCAAUCUCUCAAACAUUAUAUGGCUCAUUAUUGGAGGCAGGUCAAUUCACCUUGGUGUAACUAUAAUUUGAAAAUAACAAGUUUUACUUUUAAUGAAUUCAUCUCUUCAGCUUCCAAAAUGUCCAGCUAUAAUUAUGGUGAAAUGAGAGGACAUACCACACCCAAUCCACCAAGAUCAGAGAAUCUUAGAAAAAAAAUCACGUUCAAGGGAGUAAAAUAAUCUUGCCUUAAUUUCUGCAUCCUGAAACUCACUCAGUAAGAUUCUUGUAAAUUACUGUAUGUGCUAUAGUUAAAAACAAAACAAAACUUAUACAUGAAAUAAGAAAAUAGAGUAAGAGUUUAAGUGAAACAAUUUCAAUUACUAAGAUACAUUUAAGCUAUUGCACUUUUCUAUAUUAACAUAACAAUGUUAAUGAGAAAGCCAGUUUGCUCUAGUAAAAGCAUCAGGCUAGAAAUAGAGUCUGUGAGUUUUACUCCUGCCUUUGGCACAAAACCAGCUAGGUGACCUAGGGCCAGUCACUCACUCUCAUCCCUAGGAAGAAGGCAACGGCAAACCAUUUCUGAAAAAUUCUAUGAAGAAAACUGGAGAGAUUAAUCUAGGCCAGGGGUGUCAAACUCAAGGCCCAGGGGGCAGAUCUAAUCCGUGGGGUGCUUAGAUCCAGCCCGUGGGGCUGCCCUGGAAAGAGCUUACACGUGGCCUCCAAGCUCCGUUUUCAUGGGCAGAAGGUUGCAGGAGGCCGUCCCAGUUGAAAACAGAGAUUGGGAGCCUGUUUUUGCUGGCAGAGCACUCAGGCCACCACAGGCACCCCUGACAUGAGUGAUGUUAAGAUGACCACGCCUACUCUGGCCCCCCUGAGGUCAAGCACAACCCUGAUGCGGCCCUCAAUGAAAUCGAGUUUGACACCUCUGGUCUAGGCAGUCACCCAGAGUCAAAACUGACCCAAAGGCACAAAACAGACAAACAAUGUUAAUAGUGAGUGAUAAGUAAACUUGUUCUGAAGCACUUGAUAAAAUGGUCAGGGUAAACUUUUUAAACUACUUUCUAAACCAUCAUAUUUCAUUGCAGUUAUGCUUUUUUAUUCUAAUUGUCCUCAUACUGUAAUAAAUUAAAUAAUGUAAUGUUAAGCAUGAGGUAGAUGACCUGUAAUUUUCAAUGUAUUUUGGAUUUUGCUAUUCAUGGAACUGUUGAUAAAAAUUGUAUAUUUUAAAUCAAGAUCUGUCUGAUUCUAAACCAUCUCUAAACAGCUUGCAAUAUAGUGAGCAAUAAAAAUAUUAUAAUCUAGAAAGCAAAUAAACAAGGUGGGAUCUGAUAGCUCAAUACAACACAAAUUCAAAAACACAUCUAACAAGGGGCUCCACCCCACAUCCCCCAAGGCCUAGGAAAAUAUCCUGGUUUUUAAGGCCUAAAAGAUAGGAGCCACAUGAUAGAGAACGGGGAUACAAAUCAUUAGACUUGAUCACCAAGAAUUGGAGCCAUCAGGAUCAACGGUUUAUAAUUAUAUCUGCAAUGCAAAGCUGUUUUAUUUUGCCAGAUAAAAAUUAUGUUUUUCACAGCAAAAUUUAACAGGAAGCAGAUGAUGUUGAUGAGCUGUAUGCUAAAAUAAAUCCAGGUCAUGAUACACACUUGAAAGUAAAUCAGGAAACCUGUAAUUGCAGAGUAUGUCUGGCAAGAACAAAGAAUGUUUAUCUACAGGAAAUAUGCAUGUGUAAAUCUUGUAAUAAUUCUGGGUAGUUAGAAAGAUGAUAACAGUAACAACAGUUAGACAACUUGCAGGCCUCAUUUAAAAGUUAGGAAUAGCGAUGGCCUGCAGCCAACUAAAUGUGUAUUAGAUAACUUCUGGAGCAUUCAUUAGCCAAGGUUUAGGAAUAGGAACACCUAGAAACCAAUAGAACAAAUCGUAGAAUUAUUACUAAAAUGUUUAUUACAUGAUAUCUCUCUUAUUACCCUGCCUUCUCCUUUAGUGAAAAUGUAUAAAGCUUUCUUAAUCCUUGGCGCUUGGCAUUUUGGCCAGGAACCCUUUUCCUUGGAGUACUCCAAUAAAAAGCAA